CUCCUGGAUAACAUAUGUACUUUUAUUAUUUAAUGCAUUUUAAAAAUAAAAUAUGCACUCUAUAUCUCUAAAUUAGCUUUUCUGUCUCCGACAUAUUUUCUACCUGUAUUCAAUUAACAUUGGAAAGACUAUAAAAACACUUAAUAAUUCCUCAAGAGUGGUACUAUACCUAUUGAAAUACAAAAAUAAAUUUUAUACCACUGAAGAUAAACCAACCUACAAUAACAAUACAUAUUAUCACAGUAAUUGCAAAGUUUCCUUUAUAAAAUGAACAAAAUAUCGAUCCCAGUUCCCUUCAAAAAAAAUAAUAUAUCCCAUCGCAUUUAUGCAGCAACAAACAUGAGCCCCAUCGAGCCCUCGGCAGCGUGGUGAUUUAAAAAAGCCGCCGAAAGUCGUAUCACCUGCCGGUAACCGGAGCACCCGCGGAAAGGGGCCACGGCGCAUCUCGCUCGUACCCGCCCUGGCUCGGGCAUCAGUUGCGUUUCGAAGGCCCGCAAAGGCGCCCCACGGUUGCCAAGAACGUCGAGCGACGGCUUCAACAAACAAACUUGACAAACGGUGUUUCUAUGCCACCUUAUUUGGAACCCUAGCACUGCACUAGCGUGGAUCGCCCGUCGUGAAAUAUGGAGAAUUGGAGCGGGUAUUCGACGAUGUGCAGAUUGUGCCUUCAGAAGGACGGCUUCAUGUUGGGCAUUUUUAAUCACAUUCAAGGCAAGGACAGGAGCAUUUAUAAGAAGAUUAUCGAUUGUACGGCUUUGCAAAUAUCACAUGGGGACGGUUUGCCGAACGUAAUAUGCCACAGAUGUUUGUACAAAAUAGAAUUCUGCUUGGAAUUUCGUCAAUUAUGUUUCAUAUCAGAUGCGACCCUUCGACAAUUAGGCGCAGCCAAAGAAAAUGGACCGACAGAUUUGCUGGCCCAAAAUGGCGAUGAAAACGUGGUGAUGGUGGUGGAUCCCAUGGCGUACGACUACGAAUCCGACUGGGAAUCGGAGAAGGAACCUCAAGUGAUCAGCGACAACGAAAACGGCGAGUCGCUGACCAACGACGUGGAGCAGGAGCCGGAGCCCGAAUCCGAGAACAAGGGCGUCACCAUGUGCAAGUACUGCGAUCACGCCUUCACCGACAUCUCGGAGUGCUACAAUCACGAAAUCAACGCCCACAACAGCGAGACACCGUACAGCUGCGGCGCCUGCUACAUGAGCUUCGCUGACCGCGUGGUCUACUCGGCUCAUCUGAAGAGCGUCCACAAGAACGACAAGCCUUACAAUUGCCCGCAAUGCGACCGAACCUUCGCUAGGCGAUCGGAUUUACGCAAACAUACGAUCGUCCACACCGGCGUGAAGCCGUUCACCUGCCAGCUGUGCUUCAAGUCCUUCUCGAGGAAUACGAACCUGUCGAAGCACAUGAGGAUCCACUCGGGCACGAAGCCGUUCGUUUGUCCCAAGUGUCCCAAGACGUUCACCUCCAAAGCCGAUCUGUCGAGGCAUGCCGUCAUCCACAGCGGCCAGAAGCCGUUCACUUGCAAUUUCUGCCACUUGGGUUUCGGCCGCAAGGACAAAUUGCAGCGGCACGAGAAGACGCAUUUCCCGCACGAGAAGGACGACAAAUCGCAGGAGCUGCAGAUGAUGAGGGACAAUUUGUCGUUUUCUAUGAAGGGCGAGGCGAAAGAGGAGGAAAAACAGGACGGAUCUGAAAACAUGGUGAUUAACCUAGACCCGUUCAAUCACAACGAUUACACAUCAGAAAUGACCCCGCAAAGAGGCGAUUUGUCGGAAAACGAACCAAGCGUGGAAAAUACGAACGGAGAAAACUCGGACGGUAUAAGAAGCGAAAACAUGAACGUGGAAGUCUCCUCACAAGAUGGUCCAAUUAACAAAGACAAAAUAUUUAGAUGUACACAAUGUCCGAAGCGGUUUUCCAAGGCGGAGAACUUGGUCUCGCAUCAGAGCACCCACUCGGACACCAGGCCUUAUAGCUGUCACAUUUGUAGUAAAUCUUUCAUACGCAAAAGGGAGCUCGACAGGCAUAUCGCCACGCACUCCGGAAUGAAGCCGUUUAAAUGCCCCAGGUGCAAUAAAAGCUUCGGCAGGAAAGACAAAAUGAUGCGGCAUUUGCGCAUCCACGACGUAAAUAAAACCUUCACGUGCACUAUAUGUAAUAACACUUUCAACAGGAGGGAUAGCUUGCAGCAGCACAUGAAAACACAUUCUACUCAAGAGACUGAUGAUAACGAAAACGGGAUGGAGUGAAUUCGGAGAUCGACAAUAGCGUUUCGAAGUUGAAAGAUUUUUGAAUAGAUUUAUUCGAAUUUGUUGGUUUUUAUAAUUCGGAUUGGUUGGUUUUUCAAUUGCGAAUAUUCUUUAUAGUUUCGAUCGUUCGUAUUUGAGUUAUUGAACUAUUAGGCUUGUUCUGAACUUCCCUUGGAACAGACAUGUUGUUAUUGUUGCCUGGAAAUUUUACAAAGUACAAUCGGCUCCAAAAAUUAUUGUAUAGAAAUUUUUCAUCUUAUUUUCGUCAUUUUAGUUUUUACAUUUAGUUUUUUUAUUAUUGUCAUUAAUUUAGGGUUAGAAAAUUAUUUGUAUAUAUGUUGUUUAUUCAAAAAUCUACCAAAUGUUUCUGAUGAAUAGGCUGUAAUUAGUGAAAUAAUGAUUGUAGCUUUGUUGAAUUUGAAUGAAUUUUUACUAAUUCACCGUUUUCGAUUUGAAUAAAUUUUGAUAUCAAACGAAGC